AUGUCACCACUACCUCACUGCCAGCAACACCAUUCACUUUACCAACUACACAAACCUAGUCGAAUAAAUCUAACCGCAACGAGAUUCAUUUCUUCCUACUUCAAAGGAGUUCGAAACUACUUUGGAUUCAACUUAUCAGAGGAGAGCGAGGAGAGAGAUCUGGUUGAUGAAGUGAUACCGUAUGUCCAGUACCCACUCAUCACCAAGGAACAAAUGAAGAAGUUAGCACAAGACAAGUUUAAGUUUGAAUUUGGCUACGCGUCUUUUGGUUUCCAUUCGGACUCAAUUGUGCCAUCUAUAAAUUCGCUUAGUGAUUUGACCGAUCCUACACAGUUGAACUCGCUUCUUCCGAGAAGAAGACCAGCAGGGUCACCCAGUGACACAUUGAGCAUUAAGGCAGGGGACGAUACCAUGCUCGUUUCCCCAUCAGUUCUAGCUAUUGCCGAUGGGGUCAGUGGUUGGGAGAGUUCGGGAGAGUUGGCAAACUCAGGCGUAUGGUCACGUUCAAUAGUAGAAACUUUUAGUCGAUUAAUGACCGAGUACAAGAUUAGCCACACGCCGCAUCAUUUGAAACGACGCGACAUUCAAGAGAUUUUAGACGACUCGUUUUUGCACACAUCGCAUUUGAUGGAUUUGCAAAAGUUGAGCGGCUCAUCAACUUUGGUGUUGGGAAUGUUGAGUGGUGAUAUUUUGUUAAUGAUUAGUAUCGGAGAUUCAAAGCUAUUCAUCAUUAGAGAUGGACAGAUUCUUCUUACAAAUAAAGAGGAGUCGGGUGAUGGUUUUUGCCCUACACAAAUAGGAACCAACACCAUGUCCACAUUGCCUUCUGACUUUGCCUGGAUUGAUCUGAUCAAGUUGAAAGAAGGAGACUACAUUGUCAUGUGUUCAGAUGGAAUCACUGAUAACUUAUACGAAAGUGAAAUCAUAAACUACUUGGACGAGUUUGUAAAUAUGAAAAAAAACAAUGUGAAAACAAUUGCCAACAAGUUGUUAAUCAAGGCGAAAGAGGUGGCAUUUGACGACUAUGCCUACACUCCAUACAAUGAAAAGGUUAAUCAAACAUUAAACAAAAACUCGACUAGAAAGUCGAAUAGUGUUGGAGGAAAAGUUGACGACAUGUCGAUAGUUGUUGCAAAAGUCACAAAGAAUAGUAAACAAAAGUAA